CACACACCUACGGAGCUUCUCUGCGCAUGCUCAGAAUAAACAGGCUCAUGUUUGCUUCAGUGGUGUGGACGAGUUGAAUGAGCUGUCAAAGUUGUUUUAUACAGCAGAUUUAUUUUAAACUUGAAACUGCACAAUCGCGGAUCAGAGGUGCACCAUAAUGUCAACAGCAGAGCCCAUCAUCAAAUCAAAGCAGGCACAGAAAGAAAUUAAUGGCAUUUCCACACAAGUUGUCUGUACAGAGUUUAGUAAUUACAUUUUUGUAGUGGUCACUCAGUAUGGAAAAAUAGGCACUUUAGUAUCUGUUACGCCAGACUCCAGGUGUAAUGACAUCAGCACUUCAUCCUUCUCCACUAAAGUGCUGCUGGGAAAAGAUGAGCCAAUGACACACGUCUGUGCCAAAAACCUGUCAACAUUCGUCUCACAAGAAGCCGCUAAUAGACCUAUUCUAUUGGGACUGGCCCUCAAGGAUUCUUCCAAAGAUUCAAUACAACAUUUUAAAGAGCUGAUCAGAUCCUGCAAAGUAUGGUGAAACAAACAAGGACAAAAAUCAUGUGCUGUUUGUAACCUGUAUUUUUUUAUUUUAUAUAUUUUUCUUACUACCUUUUUUCUGCAAUAAAGUAGGAUGUUAUUA